UGGCUCUCCCUCAACCUAUGGCUCUUCUGGAAAACCUUCCUGCUCUAUUAUCAAGGGCUGGAGUAUUAUUAUUUGCAUCAGAUGUUAGGGCUAGGAUUGUGUGUUAGCAGAGCUUCAGCAUCUGUCCUCAAUUUCAACUGCUGCCUGGUCCUUCUACCAAUGUGCCGUGUUCUCUUGGCCUUCCUGCGAGGAUCUCAGAAGGUUGCCAGUAGGAAAACCAGAAGGCUGCUAGAUAAAAGUAAAACUUUCCAUGUGACGUGUGGUAUUACAAUAUGCAUCUUUUCAGUUUUACAUGUUGCUGCUCACCUGGUGAAUGCUCUUAACUUCUCUGAGAACUACAACGAAGACUUUCUGUCACUAAAUGCAGCAAACUAUCGUGGUGAGGACCCGAGGAAACUGCUUUUUGCUACUGUUCCAGGUCUGACUGGAGUCAUUAUGGUGUUAGUAUUAUUCCUCAUGUGUACAGCUUCUACGUAUGCCAUCAGGGUUUCAAACUAUGACAUCUUCUGGUAUACACACAACCUUUUCUUUGUCUUCUAUAUGCUGCUGAUGCUGCAUGUUUCUGGGGGAGUGCUCAAGUAUCAGACCAACUUAGAGGAACACCCUCCUGGUUGCUUUAAUCCUAACAAAACACUGCAAGAGAAUAUGACGGAUUCAAAAGCUUUUGAAGAGAUGUUUCCUGACUAUACUACUGAGCCUUUCCCAGAGGACUUAUCAGUACCAGAACCCUUUGUACAAAAUAACUUUAUGAGAAUUUGUUCCGAGGAACCCAAGUUCCAGUCACACUUCCCAGAGACCUGGUUUUGGAUUUCUGGACCUCUGUGCCUGUACUGUGUGGAAAGGCUGUACCGCUACAUCCGCAGCAAUAAACCAGUCACAAUAACUUCAGUGAUAAGCCAUCCUUCCAAUGUCCUUGAAGUAAGGAUGAUGAAAGAUGACUUUAAAGCAAGACCUGGUCAGUAUGUUAUUCUACACUGUCCAAGAGUGUCUGCACUGGAAAGCCAUCCAUUCACCCUUACAAUG